AUGAAGUUCGCUGCUGCCCUUUUCGCUGCCGGUGCGUCCGCCGCCACCUUCUCCGUCUCCGACUUCUCAGCCGGCUGCAUCCGCCACAGCACCCAGUGCCUGUACUCCUUCACUGUCAUCCAGCCCAGCUCCAUGGAGACGACUGGCGUCAAGUGCUCUACCCAGGUCCCCGCCAACGUCGGUGGCACUCUGCCCGACGUCAAGGACGCCGCCUGCACUGAGUCCUCCAGGACCUUCAGCAUCGUCAAGGGCGCCGACGGCCUGACCCUGACUGUCUCGCAGCAGGUCACCCCCUCCAGCUUCCAGACUGGAUCUCACCUGCUCCCCAACGACCAGCUGGUCACCUCCAACGACCCCAACGCCGUUGUCCAGAGCUACACCGGCCCCACCACCUUCGACCUCAACUAA